AAAUAUGUGGAGGCUGGAGAGAUGGCUCAUUCCUUAAGAGCCUUUCAGAAGGUCCUGAGUUCAAUUCUCUGCACCCACAUGACAGCUCAUACAACUAUCUAAGCUGUCUUCUAGUAUGCAGAUGUACAUGCAAACAACACACAUAACAUACGUACAACAGAAGAUGCAUCUUAUUUUCAUAUGUCAAGUGAGACAUUACAAUUUUUGUGAAAACGUAAGCAAAGUAUUAAGAUUCCCUUGGUGAAGGAAUGGAGCCUCAGAGACUGCUAUUAAUCGUGACUACAGAUUCAUGCCCAAGCACAAAAUAGCCCACUUAAGGAAGAUGCUCAGCCUUAUUGGAAAUGAUGCUGCAGCUCAGUCUGUGAUGCUCCCUCCUCAACCAGAGCAGAGGGUUUCUAAGAAGUUACUGGAGAGUUUUGAAUCAAAGUCUGAUGAACACCCUGGCCUUGAUGUUGAACAAGAAACCCCGGACAACCCAUCAAUCCAUAAGUCAGGCUCUCUUCCUGUGAGGAAAGAAACCCUGCCUCUUGCUCCCAGCACCCUUUUGUGUGGAGCUGAAGAUCAGCACAGACCACUGCACAUUACAUGGCCUCACAGGUGGGAGCAUGACAAAGAUCCAGAGACGUUUUUAAAGGUAUUAAUGCAUCUAAAAGAGUUAAGGCUCAAUUUCUAUGUCUCUGUCCUGGGAGAAACUUUUACAGAUAUACCAGAUAUAUUUUCAGAAGCCAGAAAGGCCCUGGGCUCCUCAGUCUUGCACUGGGGCUACUUACCCUGUAAAGGAGACUAUUUCCGAGUGCUGUGCAUGGCUGAUGUUGUCGUCUCCACAGCCAAGCAUGAAUUCUUUGGAGUAGCAAUGUUGGAAGCUGUGUACUGUGGCUGUUACCCACUCUGUCCCAAAGACUUGGUUUAUCCUGAAAUCUUUCCAGCUGAGUAUCUGUAUUCCACACCUGAACAGCUUUCAAAAAAGCUCAAGAGGUUCUGCAAGAGACCGGAUAUUAUAAGAAAACAUCUCUAUAAGGGUGAAGUGGCUCCAUUUUCUUGGGCAGCCCUACAUGGUAAAUUCAGGUCUCUGCUCACAACAGAACCCAGGGAAGAUUUGUGACAGAUGGGGCUAAGUCGCAAACUUGCAGCCUAAGGCAGAAUCUGAAGAACUUUCCAGAGUGUGCCCAUAUUUACCUGAUCAGAGAGAAAAGAAAAUCUGCAGAGGAAGCCGAGCCUGGCUGCUUGUCAUAGCUGACACAGAGCCAUCUGCCACAAACCUGUGGCGGCUUCAGAUCUCCAAUCCCUGCCACCACCCCAACUCAAAUUAAAUACAGAUUCCUAGAGACGUUAUGAUGGUUACACAUGUCCUCGGCAUCACAUGUAGGAGACUGUUCAAAAAAAAAUCUGUGGCCUGUUGUAUAACCGCACUCAUGUAUCCCAUAUGUGGUGCCACAUUGAAUUUCCGGUUGAAUCCGUUUUUAUCCUUUGUACUGGAUGACAUGGUGCCUGAAUUCUUUCUUUCUGCCGACGAGAUGGCAGCCAAACUGCAGCUUCAAACACUCACACUUGGCUGAGUUUCUACCUGGGUUGCCAGGUUAUCAUCGGAGCCUUCUUGUGUCCUCAAAGGGCCACGGGGCCUAGAAAAAGGAUCAGAAUGCUACUGAACUAAUUGGGCAGCCAUCUCAAAGCUGCUGUAGGCAAAGGGCUGCUUUAGCACUUUUCUUUUAGCAAAUUAAUGACUCUCUGGCAAAGGAGUUUUUAAGUGAAGGUAUUAAUAAGGGGUCUGGCAGGUAUUCCCAUGAUUCACAGAGUUUCAUUUGCAUUUAAUUAAUCUUAAGGAAACUUGCAAGAUAAACAGCUGUAAUUCGGACAAACAUGGCAGAUUCAGUGAGUGAAGUCCUCUCAUCCAUAAAAUGAACACGAGAUCCUUCUUUUAAAAUUUUUUCCCUGUGGGUAAAAAUAGAAAAAUCAGAACGCUUAUAACAAAACAAAAUUUGGUACAAAAUUCUUCAAAAGUACUUGCAUCCAACUAUAAAUAUAUUCUUUUUGAGAUAAGUCACUUAUGAUUCUUGUAGUCAAGCUGCUCUGUUUGUUGGUGUAAAGAUGUUUUAAAUGGCUGGAUUGUAAAAUAAAUUUUUAAUAAACUGCCCGCUGCAAUUUUAAUUAGCAUA